GUUUUUUUUGAGGUUUUUGCUAUUUCUUCGUCAGUAUCAUGACGUUACCACCUCCGACGCCACCUUAUCCCUCCGAAAAGAGGAACAAAUUUGGGUUCCCUCACUCUUAUUGGAGACGACGAGGAAGCAUUAGCACCAGCAGUAGUACCGACGUAUCAGAAUCCGUUAAUAAUGGGUCUGUUGUGGAUCACAAAACUUUUACACCUAGAACGUACCCUCAAGCGUGGCUGGCCCUUUUUCUGCUUGUCCUUCUCCGCAUUGCCGUUUCCGUCUUUCAGUUCACAUUUAGCGUCAUACCCUCGUUAACUGGCCAAUUCCUGGGCGUAUCACUCACAGCUGUCAAUUGGCUCGCCAAUGUCCAGGGAUUGGCCUACGUCUUUCUCAGCUUUUUCACCGGCUGGAUCUUUGAACGACUAGGUGUCAAACGAUCGGUAAGUCUUGCAAAUGAGGGCUUUUGUUCCAAUGAGAAGAAAAUAUUAAUUACCUCCAAUUAUGGUGCCAUUCUGCUUUACAUUGUGUUGAUCAUUGCAGCGGUUGCUUUUGUCCCAUUAUUAUUUAUGCCUGCGCAACCGCCCACACCGCCGUCGAGAGUACAAGAUCACAAGAAACCGGCUUUUAUCGAAGGAUUGUGCAUCCUCAGUCGAAAUUACAAUUUCUGGAUUCUGUUUCUUAUUCAUGGGUUCAAUGUCGGCCUCAGUAUUGCGUUUGGCACAAUAUUCACUCAAGUGGUGGCGCCGUAUGGUUACUCCGAUGCUCAAGCCGGUCAAUUAAAUGCCAUUGCUUUUUUUGCAGGCACUUUAGGAUGUUCGGUGGCGGGUCCUGUGUUGGACAUGACCAAACAGCAUAAGUUGUUCUUGCGUCUUAUUUCACCAAUGGUGCUUGUCACGGAUCUUGGCUUUAUCUUUAUUAGUAAGCAAAAAAGGCAUACCAUGCUUUCCAUUUGCACACACUCACUUUCUUCAACGUAUCCUGUGGCAGAAGCAACCACCAGUUCUAUCUUAUGGCAAGGCGCGCAAAUCUUUGGUUUUUUGGCUCUGCUGAUCAUGGACGCGGUCCGCGAUCCGCAGGGAAACCCGCCCAAUACAAUGUACAAUGCCUUGAUCUUCCAAGCGGCGGUGGCAGGCCUGAUCAUGAUCCUAUCAUUCUUAUUCCGGGGGAAAAUGGCUCGUACCGAAGCCAUCCAAUUGGCUCAGCAAAAAGUCAAUGGUCAAGAGAAACCGCCCGUACCACCGCUGAUAGCGGGAAUCAAUGCAGCUUACAUGCCUUCCGCUGAGACCGUAAUCGGGAUCAAACUAUCCGACCCACCUGUCCCCUCAAGUAAAAGUAGCCUUGAAACGGACGAUCGAUAA